GGUCUCGUUGGAGUGGAGGGGACGGGUCCGCCCAUGCUGCGGUGCUGCCCGACGAGCAGAGGCACGCUUGGAGGAGAGCUGCAAGGAAGCAGAGGGGGUGCGCGUCCAUUCUUGGCAAACCAUCCUUCCAUUCCUCCUCUCCCUCCAGGCGCCGAAACCGGGGGGAGGCCCAGAGGAUGAGCACCGAUUGAGGAUCGCCGAGCCGACCCAUGGAGCAGCUCCGCCAGGUGGGCGAGGCCCUCGGCAGCGUCAACGCGCUCAUGGCCUUCGCCGACGACCUCCGGAUCAACCCGCGCCAGUGCUGCCUCCUCGCCGACGCCUGCGCGCUCGCCUUCGCCGCCGUCGCCGCCGAGGUGCGCGCCUACCUCCGCUUCCACGAGCGCCUGGUCAAGUGGAAGCCGCUGGAGGGCCCGCUGCGGGAGCUCCACCGCGCCGUCCGCGACGCCGAGGCCUACGUCCGCCACUGCCUCGAGCCGCGCGACAGCUGGUGGGCGCGCGCCGCCGCGCUCACGCACGGCGCCGACUGCGUCGAGCAGCACCUGCACAGCCUGCUCUGGAGCGUCGCCGUCGUGAUCGAGGCCGUCGAGGCCGUCUCGGAGGCGACCGGGUCGGAUCCGGACGAGCUCGCCCGGCGGCGGCUGCUGCUCGCCAAGGACUACGACAGGGACAUGCUCGAGCCCAGGCUGUUCCGGCAGAGGCUCGGCGGGCGGUACCUGGCCACGCGUGAGCUCGCCGCCAGGAUGGACGCGGCGUGGAAGGAGGACAGGUGGCACCUGUCCCAGCUCCUCGAGGAACGGAAGAGCCCGGCGUCUCCGGAGCCGUUGACGCGGAACGAGCACCGGCUCUCCGACCUCCUGACCUCGCCGCGGGGGAAGGUGCACCCGGCGUCCCUGCUCCUGCACGGCGACUUCCACGUUCGGAGGCGCCUCGUGGGCAACCUCAAGGAGGUGCAGUGGAUGGGGGAGACCUUCGCGGUGAAGCACUUCGUCGGCGCCGACGCCGACGCCGUGGGCGCCGAGGUCGCGCUGCUCACCUUGGUGGCGCACCCGAACGUGGCGCACUGCCGGUACUGCUUCCACGACGAGGACAAGAGGGAGUUCUUCCUCCUCAUGGAUGAGCUCAUGACCAAGGACCUGGCCUCCCACAUCAAGGAGGUGAACAGCGCCAAGCGUCGGAUACCGUUCCCGCUCGUGGUCGUCGUCGACGCCAUGCUGCAGAUCGCGCGCGGCAUGGAGUACCUCCACUCCAAGAAGAUCUACCACGGGGACCUCAACCCGUCCAACGUUCUCAUCAAGACGCGGCACGCCGACGCGCACCUGCACGUCAAGGUCGCCGGGUUCGGGCCAUCCACGGUGACCGUGGCCAGCCCCAGGCCGAGCCCGAGAGCGCUGGCCAAUGCAAACGCCAACAACGCCGCCGCCGCCGCCAAUCCCUGCAUCUGGUACGCGCCGGAGGUGCUGGAGCAGGAGGCCGCCAAGUGCAGCGAGAAGGCGGACGUGUACAGCUUCGCCAUGAUCUGCUUCGAGCUCCUGACCGGCAAGAUCCCGUUCGAGGACAACCACCUGCAGGGCGAGCACAUGAGCAAGAACAUCCGCGCCGGCGAGCGGCCGCUGUUCCCGUUCCAGGCGCCCAAGUACCUGACCAACCUCACCAAGCGGUGCUGGCACGGCGACCCGGCGCAGCGGCCGGCGUUCGCGUCCAUCUGCCGCGUCCUCCGCUACGUGAAGCGGUUCCUGGUCCUGAACCCGGCGGACCCGCAGGCGCAGCCCGACGCGCCGCCGCCCGUGCCGCCGGUGGACUACCUGGACAUCGAGGCGAACCUGCUGCGGAGGUUCCCGGCGUGGCAGGCCGGGAACGCGGCGCCGCGCGUCUCCGACGUGCCGUUCCAGAUGUUCGCGUACAGGGUCGUGGAGAAGGAGAGGACCAGGGCGGCGAUCCUGCACAUCGGCAGGGACAAGGCCUCCGACUCCAGCAGCGACGGCAACUCGCUGUGCGGGGACGAGAACGGCAGCAGCCUCGGCGCGGUGCUGUCGGACACGGAAGCGAUGUCCAUGUCGAGCCGCAGCACGGCGCGGUCUCUGUCAGACCGGAGCAGCAGCAGGGCGUCGCCGAGGAAGGUGGAUCGCAAGAACACCUCCAGGCUAGCAGGCAAGCUCUCUGUCCAUGUUGCUCCUGUCGUCGUUGAGAGCUCCAGCUCCAUGUCCGGUGCUGCUGGGACGCCGCAGAAGUCCAAGUCGAUGGGUGUGGUUAGGCAGCCGCAGGUCAUCAGGCGAACGCAGAGGAUCAAAUCCGACGGCAAUCUGAAUUCUGCCGUGGUACCGUCCAGCCGGCGGCGCGUUCCUGGUUCCGGCGGGGGUCACGCUUCAGACUCCGAACUAGCAUAAGCAAUAAGAAUGCAGGAUCGGCGCUGUUGUAUUUCGAUGACAUUUUUGUCCAAUAGACCCAUGAU